AUGAGAGGAAUAUUUGGUAAAAAGUCCACCAAUACGACUAACACUUCUACUGCCAAUAACAACAAUGCCGAUGAUCUAAGUGAUGAUUCACCUUCCUCACCUCGUCAAUCGCCAUACAGUACUGCAUCAUCUUCGGCCAGUAGCAACACGACCGAUGCUUCUUCUUCUGCAUCAACAACAAAUGCACAAAAGCAACCAGCUUCUGUGAUGGGUACUUUUUGGAAGAGAGCAACAACUGUGGGAAAACACAAAAUCAUGAAAACCAUCGGAAAAGCAGAAGAAAUUGAAUUUCCUGAUGAUUUCAUUCGUGCCAACCAAGCCUUCAAAGACUCUCAAACACACUACAAGGAAAUGGAUAAAUUAUUGAGAAAGUUUACCAAAUCCUCUCAGAGCCAUUCCGAAGAUGAAUUGACUCUAGGAACUCAAUUCAAAGAAUACGCAGCAACACUCAAAUUGGACUAUGUUUCGGGAGAGUCGUUUGCUCCUCCUCGUACCUUGUAUACCAAUUUGGAAGUUAACAAAAUGUUUAACAUGUUUGAUCAGUUGGGUUGCUGUUUGGAACAACUUUCCGAAUUACGUAGUAAUAUGAACAAUGAUGUUUCGAGCAUUUUGUUGAGUAAGGUUCAUGAAGCCAUGGAAGAAGGAGAUGCUUGUAAGAAUCUCAAAGAAUACUAUAGAGAGGCUGUGGUGGAACACAAUGUGGAUGUGACACGAUACAAUACUCUCAAACAGAAAUCCAAUGAUUUGGUAAAGAUUAAGAAUGCUGAAAAGGAUGCUGAAGAGAAACAAAAAUUAGCAAAUCAAGUUCAUGAGAAUAUCAUGAAAGAGUUGCAAUACCAAGAAGAACUUCGAGAUUAUGAAUAUUUGAAUGCUAUUCGACAAUUUAUUUCAGUCUAUAGAACUUAUUUCAUUCAGGGUUCACAAGUAUUGGACGAAUUAGAGAGCCAUCUCAUUACAGGCAAAUCCAGAUCAGCCAUGCGUUCCUAUGACGUGAAUGAUAUCAUCAAUUACAAGGAAAUUCAGAAUCAACAAGCUCAACAAGCACAGCAAGCUCAACAAUCAAAACCUAAAAAACCAAAAGAAGACAAACAAGUCUUUGGUGUUCCACUCACAACAGUCAUGAAGAGAGAACGAGAAUUGAACCGCGACGUGGUUCCAAAUAUGUGUGUCGAUUUAUUCGAAUUUUUAGAGUUGAAAGGAUUGGACGUGGAAGGAAUUUUCAGAUUGGCUGGAGAAGUUGUAGGAGUGAGUUAUGUGAAAAAAAUGUAUGACAAUGGAAAGAAACAUUUGGAUUUGGGUGGAAUGAUUGCUACUAAGGAAUUUAAAGACAUUCACGUCGUUUCGAGUCUUUUGAAAAUGUAUUUGAGAGAAAUGCCUGAGCCUUUACUUACCUACGAACGGUAUGACUCCUUCUUGAAAUUAUUGCAAUUGAAAGACGAGAGCGAGAUUGGUUAUGGAAUGCUCAAUUUAGUGAAACAGUUACCUAUUGAACAUAUUGCCAUGUUGGACAAGUUGAUGAGAUUUUUGAAAAAAGUUGCCGAUCGUUCUGACGUGAAUAAGAUGACCAUGUCCAAUUUGUCGAUUGUGUUCGGUGUGAAUAUUUUGAAGUCAGCUGAUAACAAUCCAAUGAGAAUGGCCAAAGACAGUCAAGCCAUUAACAAGACAUGUGAAUUGCUGAUUGGUCUCUAUGAGGAUUAUAUUGGAAUUCAUGUAAAGGAUCAAAUUGAGCAAUUCCGACAACAGAGAAUUCAAAAAUUCCAAACGAUUUCUGCUCAAACUGAAGAGACCUACUAUGAUCCUACGAUUAACGAACCAUUCAAUGCAUUUGAGGAAGAAUCCAAAAAGAAGGGUUUCCUUCCACCUCCAUCAAGAACAGCUUCCAUGGUCACUUCACCAACCACUGGAACACAACCUCAAUCUGUGUCAGCUUCAUCGUCACCAAGUACCAAAACAAUGCCAUUGCCAUCAAGACCUCAACGUUUGCCACCACAACCACCGAAACCAACACCAAAGCCAACAUCAACGCCACCAGUUCACAGCACUAGUGUCAGUUUCGGAGGCCAUUUGCAAGAUGAUGGUGGCUUUGUAGACGUACCUUUCAAUAGCACCAAUGAUGAACAGGAUCCUUUUGCUCAAUUUGACAAUGAACAGAAAAAUAAGAAAUCGUCAUCUAAUUUGUAUCCUUCGGUGAACAAUACCAAAUGGGAAGACCCUAACGACUUUUUCUAG